AUGGCGACAUCGACUGGCGACUCGAAACGGAAGGCGGCUAGAUGUCUCUUCGGGAGACCAAAUCCAGGAGAGGUUUCUAAAAAACUCGACGCAAGUCUUGAGCGCAUGUACGCAGAGGAAUCUCGCAAGUGGAACUUUGAUUUUGCCGGUGGAGUUCCGCUCGUCGGAGCUCAAGGAGACUACGAGUAUGAAUCGGUCGCUGCUUCAGAAGUUCCAAGCUUCUAUCGCGAGACGACCGUUCGUCCUCGGAAGCACGCUCGGCACGAGCACUCUCCGGCGGCGUCUGAUACCGUUGAGAUUCCUGAAGAGGCUUUGUUUGUGGUUGAGCAGAACGAGCCGCAACAUUCGAUUGCAUCCACUUCUCAAGGACCCACAGACUACGAAAAGCCAGUGACUAGAGCUAGCGUUGCUAAUAAGACCCAUGAUCAUCAGGACGCGGACAGUUUGAAGCAGACUAAACUGACAAACUAUAUGCCAGUCCGCAAACGUCGUAGUGAGACUUGUCUGGUCACUGCUGCCGUUUCAAUGAACCGUUCCGUUUCCAUGGACUCCACCGCUGCACCACAGAAAGAGAAACGUGGAUCCAAACACGGAAACAACAACAAGGGUGCCCCAAAGCGCCCGCUUCGAUUCGUCCCACCAAAUUUGCCGAAGCCAGCUCAAUCGUCUAUUUCGGACAGUGUUCUUGUCUCGUCGCCACGCUCUCCACCGGCAAAAAAGAGUGCCAAAACUUCUCGUCGUGCCGGUCGCGUAGGAGCAGGAGACUUCUGA